AUGGUAGGGGACGAUAAUCAAGGCGGAUCAGGUGUGCAGAUCGCCUACCUGGCCACGCUUUGCACACACCUCGCCCUCAUUGUGCUCAGCUGCUUCCUCACUGUGGGGAUAUCACAGGAGCGGCUGGGGCUGGUGUCGCCGUGGGUGGUGGCGAGCAUUGCGUUCAUGGCGCUGGAGGCUGUGUGCUGUGUGUACUCCAACGUGCUGCGGGACCACAUCAACAAGAGGUUUGACACGAUAUGCAAGGUGGAGAUGAGCUUCUUCACUGCACGAGUCUUUGUCAACAUUCUGGCCUUGUGGGGAGUUUUGAAGUUCUACAGGAACCUCCGUGCUGGCUUCACCUACAAGGACCCUGAAGCCAUAGAGUUGUAGAGGACGUCACGAGGCCAGCCCGCAGCGAGGUACACAAAGGAGUCUGAAGUAGCUCAGAAAGGAGGCACUUAAUACAGCUGGACCUUGACGAGAUGGUAAGAAGACUGAAUGAUGCAAUGAGGACCUUCUAGGCAGAGUUACUUCCAUAAUUUGUCACACGCUGGCCACUCAACCCAUCAUCAAGCUACCGACCCAACCAGUCAGCCAACCAGUCACCCAACCAGUCAGCCAACCAGUCAGCCAACCAGUCAGCCAGCCAACACUUUGCCCAAACUAACACAGAUAAACAACAUCCCCUGUUCAUUAAUCCAGCGAGUCAACACACAGCCAUAAAAAGUUAGCCACGUUGCAGGUCAGUCAUCCAGUCAGUAAGCAGUCGCGCGCAGCUCAGUCCUCCAUAGCCAUGCAGAGUACACAUGGAGCAAGUCACUGUCUGGAAAACAACAACGCUCACGGACUAUGAGGGAUACGAGUAUUUAAAGUUGAGAUACACAAUCGCUCACGCGCACGAAAACUCGGCGUCAAAACAAAAAUAUAAGAAUAAAAAAAUAUAUUAAGUAUUUGGAUAAACAAGUCGCUUCGCACUUUUAUCUCUCCGAGGCUCAGAGAGAUUAGACGGUCCCGUGUGUGUGUGUGUGUGUGUGUGUGUGUGUACAGAAAACGGUGGCUUUACUUGCCUGCGCCAUGACAAAGGAAGACCCGCACAGCAUCGCGUCGCAGUGCCAGUCCCCGCGUCACGUCUCUGUUGAAGACAACAGCUUUUGGUGAGUGGGAACAAGAAUCUUAUUGGCGGCAUCCAUAGUCUACAUUGUGCACAUACAGGCUGACGUCUAUGUAUAAGCAUCGGUGUAAGUAUUCAUAUACACUACUAACCUAAGUUGCAGAGUAAGAAAAUGGUCAACAUAUAUAUCAAAAUAUUGUGUGUACGUGUGUGUGUGUGUGUCUUUAUGAUCUGAAUAUGUUGAACGAUUCAUAAUAUGUAAAGAAAUGACAAGUAAAUUCAGACAGACAAUAUAUUUUACUUAUUUGUAAGAAAUAAAACUGUACAUAUA